AUGUAAAUCUAACAUUUUAAUCAUUAAUUAAAUGAACAAUAAUUAUCUUAAAAUUAUCACGUUUAAAAUUAAAGAGUAGCUUCAAAACCAAUUGAAGAUUUGAGAAAUAAUUAAUAAAGCUCUACAUAAUAUUCGGUUUAAAAUAUUAAUCAUUAACCAUAGUAAUAUACAGAAUAUUAAUAAGCAAUUUAGAAUGAUAACUAUGAAAAAUAAAUUCAACCAUUUGAUUAAUAAUAAAUUGUAUAUAGGAAUAAUUUAUCUUCAAAUACAAUAAGUAAUACAGAACUUAGAAGAAGAUAUCCAUAUAGUAAUUUCGAUAAGAAAAAUGAAUGGAUCGGAGUAGAAAGACACUUAGCAGAGGUUAAUGAAGAAAUAAAAAAUAACGAAUGGGAAAUAAAUCAUUUACGCCAAAAAGAAUUAUUAUCGGAAUUAGAAAAGAAAGCAAUGUGGUAGCUUUAAUAAAAACAAGCUGAGCUAAGAAAUAAAAAAAGUGAACAUGAAGAUAACUUAAAGAAAUUAGCUGCAUUUUAAGAAGAAGAAUCAAAAAAUAAAAGUGAUAUGAAAAUGCUUUAAUAAAACAUGGCGCAAUACUAUAAUAAAUAAUAAGAUGAAUAAGCAAGAAAGAAAAUGAACAUAAAAUUUAAUAAAAAGAUUGGGAAAACAAAGUUUCUUUUUUUUUUUUUUUAUUUUAUUUUUUUAAGUUUUUAGAUUCUAAUAAGGAAAGAAUGA